AAGACAACUACUUUCGGGGUGCUCGGCGUGGCAUGCGAGUGCGCGGAUUGGUUCCCUUAUCAAAGACCCAUCAGGACGUCCAACCGUGGUCGUGUCGAAUGACAGUCCCCCUUCGAAGGCGGUCGACGUGACCAAAGCAAGCUUCAAAAUGACCUCGAAUUUGCUCGUGCAAAGCUUAUGUGGGCAUUGGGACUAUAUACACGUACAUCGUGUUUGAUCCCCGAACUACUCGAAAAGUGAAACCCCUUUAAUGACAGCUCGGAGUCUUUCUAUGCUAGUGGAUUAAGCGCCGCUCCAUCACGCGUUGACUAGGGAUUCUUGGCCUAUUGUGAGCUUUCUGUCGUUCUCGCAACUCCACGAGCGGUUUGGUAAAGGCAACUAUCCUUAGAGGAUACUCUUCACUGGCCACGUCCGGAGGUAAAUGGAUCCGGGCCUUGUGGUCUGAGGAAUCUCGCAGCCAAGGAAAUUCGGUUCCGCGCGUUGUAUUUCACUACCCGGUACGCAUGCAGGUGUAUCACCGGUUACGAACAUUGCUCAUGGCCCGUGCAGCUACCUUCUUGUCCCUGAACGUUAGCUAACACCCGCUUCGGAUCUCAGGCGCGAUCUUCUUGGUGAUAUUGUCGCUAUUAUGAAAUGGAACCAUGCCCUCUCGUUCCAGCCAUUUUGCAGACAGGGAAAACAUUUGCCUCAUUUACUGGCAGCUACGGCCUCGUGGCCCAUCUUUCUGACGUGGCGGGUACGAUCGCCCGCCCUCUGUUCCAAAAUCGUCCCGCACACCUUCAUCGUGCGCAUCAAUGCGCCAAAGAACUGAAUGGGGGUGCUUCGCGCCACCCGUGCUGACAAUUAUCUUCUGACUCCCCGAGGAUGAUGCUGACCCGACCUCUUCAGGUUGUGACUGUACUUCUCCGUCUCAACCCCGUGAUGGACGUUUUGAGCACCACACCGGCCGUGGCGAUAGCGGAUGCGAGCAUCAUAUGUGGGUAUCCGACCAUCGUCGUGGAAGCUUUCUGUCUUCAAGGUUGCUGCUUCACGCGCAGUUCGCCGACCGAGCGGCUUCGGGUACCAAGCUACUUGAUGCCAUUGGAUGUGGCGACUGAGCGUUUUGAGAGACGGGGGACGCUAACCCCACCUGGUUUAAUCGGGUGGCACUUUCGCCGACGAGCAAGCUUGCCGAUGACGAAGAAACAGCCGGGUACUAGUUCAGCCGGCGAGCAUCACGAAUCCUCCGCGCUGGCCCCAAUGCCUCGAAAUGGCGCCUUGCAAGAGGAGUUCAAUUGAGUGAUGUGAAUACGUCGGGUCAGGGAAGUCUCGCUGUAAACAAUGUGAUUCGCCUCAGACGCAAA